AUGAGGUUCUUCACCCUCAGCGCGGUGCUCAUAGCAUCGGCAGCGGGCUCUGCCCCCCCGCAAGGCCCCGAGCAGCAGCAGCAGCAGCAGCAGGUCGUGUUUGGCAAGCCGGAGAAGGGCGUCGGGCACUUCAGCGAGUGGAGCCGUGCAAACAAGAAGGAGUUCCUCAUCGACUGGCAGGCGGGCAAGGAGUCCAACUGGGUCAUCGUGCAGGGCAACGAGGGCGGCGACCUGGACAGCAUGACGGCCGCCCUCACCUGGGCAUACCACCUCGAGCACAAGACCAUGAACGACUCGGAGCCCAUCAAGGCCAUCGCCCUGCUGCAGACCCCGAGCCACGCGCUGGACCUCCGCCCCGAGAACAAGAUCGCCCUCGACAACUCGCAGAUGACCAAGGGCCACCAGGACCUGCUGACCCUGGACGAGCUGCCCGAGGACCCCGAGACCCUCGGCCCCAAGCUGCAGGGCCUCGUCCUCGUCGACCACGCCGAGCCCCUGCGCAAGUGGAAGGGCGCCCGGAUCCGGAGCAUCUUCGACCACCACGUCGACAGGGGCGUCGCCCCGGACGCCAGCCCGCGCAUAUUCGAGAAGGUCGCCAGCUGCACCACCAUCGUCGCGAGGCAGAUGCUCGACGAGCUCGAGGCCCUGCCCGAGGAGUACCACAUGCCCCACGAGCUGCUGGAGCUGAUCCUGAGCGCCAUCGCCAUCGACUCGGGCGGCCUGACCAGCGACAUCACCACCGACGCCGACGUGUCCGUCUCCGAGCGCAUCCUCAGGCGUAGCAACUGGGCCCGCAGGGACCUGGACGACGUCAUGGAGGACCUCGCCGACCAGCUCAGGGACGCCAAGAAGGACCUGGACCACCUCGAGCUCCGCGACCUGCUGCGCCGCGACUGGAAGGGCGACCUCAUCGACACCCCGUCCCCGCGCACCCCCACCGUCAGUCUCGGCUUUGCCGUCAUCCCCUACUCCAUGGACAGCCAGAUCCUCAAGACCGACUUUGAGGAGCUGUUUGACUGGUUCGCCGUCCACGCCGCCUGGACCGCCGAGGUCGGCGUCGACAUCAGCGUCGUACUGAACAAGUACAAGGUCAAGAAGCACGGCAAGAAGAGGAAGAUCAGGGAGGUCGUGCUUGUCGUCCGCGACGAUGUUCGUAUCAACCAGACGCAGGCCGACUCGCUCUUCCGCGUGGCCAAGAAUGCCCUGGAGAGCGACAAGGGCCUUGGCCUGAAGCCGUGGCACAGGGCGGACGAGCUGGCCCCGAGGCAGAUGGUGUGGACCCAUGAGUCCGGGGCUGGGAGAAAGAUCAUCAGGCCGAUCGUCGAGGAUGCGGUCACGGGCUGGGAUGAGAUCUAG